GUGGUGUCAAACAUGAUAACAUCUCAGUGGAUAAUAUCUGACAAAUUCAACAAAAAGAACAAGGUUGAAAUUGUUUCGUCGAAAGAAUUUUUUCCUGUGCGAUGGCUAAACACAACUUGUUUAGCACUGACUUUUGCCGGGAAGUGAUCUGCAAACCUACGGAGUUUCCAUGAAUGGGACAUUAUAAAUAGCAAUUUAGAUGUUUUUGCAGCCUACUUCGAAGAGGAUGUCAGAGAAUGUGAAUUCUGAUGACUUAGAUGGGAACCCAGCUGCCAUUUCUGUGGUGCAUAUGCCAUCUCUGAAUCAGCCAGUUCAAGUGCAGUCAGUUAUCCACUCCAACCAGCCUUCUGUCAUCCAGACGGCAGGUCCUAACAUACAGACAAUUCAAGUUGUUCGAGUAGCUGCAGUUGAUGAUGACAUGAAUGAUGGAUGUGAUAGGAAGAAACAAAGAGAAAUCUUGUCCAGACGACCAUCAUAUAGAAAAAUUCUUAAUGAACUCUCAUCAUCUCCUGUGCCAAAAAUAGAGGAGGAAUCGAACAGCAGCCAGAGUCAGGAUGGAGAGAGCCAAGAGGCAGCUACUAACUUAUCCACUCACAGCAAUGUCCAGUUCCAGCAAGGUGACCUGGUUCCCUCAGGUGCCAUUCAGAUCACAUCUGAUGGCACGUCAGUGGCACAGGGUCUCCAGACAUUGACCAUGACCAAUGCCAGCCCUACAACAUCAGCUGCCACUGGUGCAACCAUAGUGCAGUAUGCACAGGGGCCAGAUGGACAGUUCUACAUACCAGGUACAGUACAGGCAUACCAAAUAGCAACAUCUGGAUCUCUACCACAAGGUGUUGUAAUGGCUACUGCUGGAAGUCCAAUGUCUAGUCCUACAAACAUGGGAGAGGAGGCAUCACGCAAACGUGAACUGAGGCUUCUUAAAAAUAGGGAAGCAGCUAGAGAAUGUAGGCGGAAAAAGAAAGAUUAUGUUAAGUGCUUGGAAAACAGAGUUGCAGUGCUUGAAAAUCAAAACAAGACAUUGAUUGAAGAGUUAAAAGCUUUAAAAGAACUGUACUGUCAGAAGGAAGGAUAGAGGUCAACUGUGAUACAUCCUCAUUAUUAAUAUUGCAUGGCUAAACCUGUAAAGGAGCCACAGAGGCUUUUUUAGAGCUACGCAAGAAGGUUGAAAUCCCAAUGACCUUUAACCGGUGAGUGCUAGCCACAUGGUGCCCUGCUGGUCAUGGGUAUGCCAUGUAUCUAUGUAUGUGGCGUUGAUCGUCUCGUACGCAGAGUCCUGACCGCUACACCCACACUGGGUUUUCGACGCAAGUUUUUUGAAGUUCUCACAUUGUCGUUCGUAAAACUGUAUGAUAUUACUGGUUUUCUAGAUUUGCUGUAGUUGGUUAUCUGGUAACUACAAUGCAGAACUUUGAUGGUUCUCCCUUCCAAUUCACACUCCAUAGCAUAGUCUUCAUAGGGAUUCACAAAUAUCUUGUUUGUUGAAUUUUUUACAUGUUUCAGAACAUCAGAGGAAUGAGCUGGUAUGUACUUGUCAUUUGCCUUUUCUGAAAUAUGGUCUUGAGAAAGGGGAGAAAAUGGUUAAAAUUUUUAUUGACUACAACUCCAAAUUUAGAUAUACACUUGUGUAUUAACUAGUUCAAGGAUUUUUAAUCUGUUAUUUAAUUAGUAGUUGCUCAAUACUCCAGGUAUUCAGAACUCUCAAGAAAAAUGUAUAGACACAACACUGCGAAGGCAUGUUUUGUGGUAUCAGAUUUACAAAGCCUACACCUUCCUAAAGGAAAUCAUUUUCAAGACAAAUGCACAAUCUAUUCAUUAUAGAUAUGAAAUUAUGUUUUCUGAAUUUUCAUAUCCCAUGCGAACGUCCUUUGUAAUUCAUCUUCUGUUAAAUUAAUAAAACCUUUGAAUAUCAGCUGAUACUUUGUUAAAGUGAAUUGAAGUUAGGGUGCCUUAUGUAUAAAUGCUACACAUCAAACUACUAUCAUGCAUAAAGAAUUAAAGGUAAUGUACAUUUGAUGGUUAUGAGUUGUUGUAUGAGAAAUUUUUAUGGUAAAGUUUACUUGUUGUAUUCUUUGCUCUUCUGUUAAGUUUGGUGAAAAAUUUUCUAUGGUAAUCAUUGUCUUGAAGUCUUCAUUUUUUAUUUAUACACAGGAUUAUCUUGUGUAAUGAUAUAUAUAUGUGUGUGUACCAGUAUAACAUUUUAUUAUUUCAUUGUUUGGAUCAUUACAGUCUUGUACCUGUGGUUUGAUUUUGUGAAACAUUUAAAAUAAUAAUAUAAAAGAAAAGCAUUCGAAAUCUUGAUAUAUUCCUGGUACAGAUGAAUACCAUUAUUAAAUAGUAAAAUUCAAUUAAAACUGAAUAUGGUCUGAAUUAUAUCUCUUUGAUAAAUGAUCUUUGUUGGGUUUUUUUCUCUCUCAUUUUUCAAUUCUUAACUUAAAGAACCAAGACAUAAAUUUUGAUGUCUGAAAUUGUUUUGUUAUUAUCAACAAGGGAUAUCAUUACCUAUAAUUCAAAUAAUUCGAAAAUUUAUGUGAAGCUCUUCAAGUCUUGAGUUGUACACUUUAUGGCAAAAAUGGUUUCAAACUUUCUCAUUCAAAAUUCUCAAUUUGACUGAGUAUGGUAUGCUCAUCAAUAAUUUUCUUUCUCAAAUAAGAUUACCUGUCUGUGAAAAUGUGUGAUGUGUUCUGAAGAAGAAAUGGUGCAGACAUAUUUGGUAAAAAAAAAACCAAAUUUGUUCUUUUGUUUUUUUAGCAUGACUGGUUUAUUUUCUGUUUCUGUUUUCUUGUAUAAGACAAAAUGAUCUAUUUAUCAUGUCACAUAUAAGUAACCUUUAUAAUUCAAGGCAGUUACAUAUUAGUGUCCAUUUUGAAGGUGAUCUAUUUAUUGUCAACAUCAGUGAUAUUGAGAAGAGAGAUUUUCCAACACUUCUCUGUUUUAACUUAAUUUUACAUUGCUGUAAAUGGUCUAUGUAUCGCACAGCAUUAUCAUUAAUAUGUCAUUAAUAAAAUGUAUUGCAUAAGUCA